GGGUCAUUCAGGAUAACAUUCGAUUCCGCGCUAAGAACAUUCCUAAUGCAUUCCGCAGUCGGAACGAAAACUAGCGUCAUAUCAUAGUGGUUGUUGUACAACCAGACAUACCUUAUGAUCGCAACUUCAUAGCCCUCGUAGCCGAAUUUGAGACGUUUGUGCCGCGUGUUUUGUGCCGGAUAUCCUCUCUGGGGGACGCGACGCGGGUCGGGGCAUUGUAUUGGAUCGGGGCGCUUCGCGCGAGGUUAGCCCUUCGGCUGGGUAGCUGUGUUUCAAAUUAUCGGCACGUCUAAUAUCCUUCAGCGCACUAGCCUGCCACAGAAUGAAGAAGGGUGAGCUAGCGCCACUGGAGCGGCAGUCGAAAGUCAGAGAGCAUGAGGAGGGAGAGGAGGAGGAGGAGGAGGAGGUGUACUGCGUCUGCCGCUCAGCCGACAGCACUCGCUUCAUGAUUGCCUGCGACAAUUGCGAGGAGUGGUACCACGGCGACUGCAUAUCCGUCACCGAGCGCGAGGCCAAGCACAUCAAGCGCUUCUACUGCCACCGCUGUCGUAAGCGGGAUCCCGAGCUGAAGAUCCGCUACAAAGACAAGAGCCGCGGCGGCCGACACGGCGACGAGCGCGGCGAGAAGACGGAGCGCAGCGAGAAGAGCGACAGGAGCGAGAAGGCUGAAAGAAGUGAAAAGGCCGACAAGAGCGAAAAGGUCGACAAGAGCGAGAAGGCGGACAAGAGCGAGAAGGCCGACCGGGGCGAGAAGGCUGAGAAGAGCGAGAGAAGUGACAAGAGCGACAAGGCUGAGAAGCGACCCCGGGAAGAGCGCGACAAGCACCGCGACUCGAAGAAGGCGGCGCGCGCUGAGCGGCGCAAGCGCGAGCUGUCAGAUGACGAGGACGAGGCGGACGGAUCGGGCAAGCAGUGCUACGGGCCGCAGUGUGUCAAGCCCAGCCGGCAGGGAAGCCGCUACUGCUCCGAUCAGUGCGGUCUUAACCUGGCCAGGAACAGGAUCUUUCAGGUGCUGCCUCAGCGCAUCCAAGAGUGGAACAUGACACGCUGCGUGGCCGAGGACCGCAACAUGCGCACCCUGGAGCGCAUCCGGCGCGAGCAGCUGGAGGCGCAGACGCAGCUGGAGCGGCUGACGCGCUCGCACCACGAGCUGGACCGUGUGGUGGACCGCGGUCGGCGCGGCACGGUCGACCCCUCGGCGCUGGAGGACGACACCGAGGAGGAGCAGCACAGCGUCCACUGCGUCACGUGUGGCCACGAGGUGGCCACCAGGAACGCCGUGCGCCACAUGGAGAAGUGCUUCGGCAAGUACGAGAGUCAGACGUCGUUCGGCUCGCUCUACCAGACGCGCGUGGAGGGUUUCAACAUGUUCUGCGACUUCUACAACGCGGCCAACAGGACGUACUGCAAGCGGCUGCGCGUGCUAUGCCCCGAGCACAGCAAGAACCCGAAGGUGUCUGAUGACGAGGUGUGCGGCUGCCCCCUGGUGGCGGACGUCUUCACGUCAAUAGGCCAGUUCUGCCGCGCCCCGAAGAAGAAGUGUCUAAAACACUUCAGCUGGGAGAAGCUGCGCCGAGCCGAGCUCGACAUGGAGCGGGUUCGCUGGGCGAUGAAGAUGGACGAGCUGCUGGAGCAGGAGCGGCAGUGCCGGCAGAGCAUGGCCAACAGGGCCGGCGUGCUGGCGCUGAUGCUGCACUCUACCUUCGACCACGACGUCAUGGAGAAGGUGCAGAGCCAGCAGAAAAAGAUGGCCAGCAAGGUGAAGGUCAAGGUGUCCUAGAGUCAUGCCAGGGAGGUGACUGUUCUGCGUGCAGGGUGGUCAGGGGGUUGGCCCACCAGUGGGACACCUUCGGUGUUAGCAGGAUUGCAGCCGCGCUGAGGUGGCUGGCCGCCACAUGAUAUCUCGGGUUAACCUGAGCUGGCUUGGGCUGCCCAACAACCGCGGCAGCCAUACUGUGUGGGCUCGAGGUGUCCUAAAGAUCGGAACUGUAGUGCUCCAAGUCCUCCCAGAUGAGCGUGUCCCCCUCAAGAGGUCCAACUGAAUGCUAUGCCGCGAAAGGUGGCCUUGAUCAAGAAUAAGGUGGGUCCGAUCGAAGGGGAUUAGUCCAAUGUAGAGGAGGUGUCCAGGACGAUGCUGGAGCUCUAAUAGGAUGGCUGCGCUGCCAUGGGCUGAAAAUGUGGCGCACCGAUAUGGGUUCUGCGAUCACAGCAGGCUUGUGUUUCGUGGUGUGUUGAGCCGACGGGAUGGCGAAGUUCAAGCAAAGCACCGACCAAAAUAUGCGUUCGUUCAUAUUCUCAUCAUGUUUUUUUCUCGCCUUGUUGGCAUUGAUUGCAUUGUAAUUUGCGGCAAUACAUGCUUUGC